AUGAAACCCGUCAUCGUCGUCGUGUGCGCCAUCGCCGGCGCCGUUGCGCUCGCGCGCAACACCAAAGGCUCCCCGAGCGGCGCGAUCAAACCCAAGAAGACCAAAGUCGUGCUCGAUCCCGCCCCGACGUCCUUCGUCAAGAACGACGUCUUACCCUUCGUGCGCGUGAAGAGCGUUGGGGUGGAUCUGGAUGAGAAGAACCGCAUCGACGUGUGGUUGUUCGCGGCGCGGGACGAGGUGAACAUGUUCGGCGACGCGCGCGGGACGAAAUACGAGCACGACACGCCGCUGUCAAACGGCUCGGGUGGCGUGAAAAAUAACAAGUACGAGUACAUCUUGAUGCGAAAUCCCGAUCGGCCGUGGAACAAGGUGCGCAGAUUUCCAAAGCACUGGGGGAAAAAGCCGGAUGCGGAGACGAGAGACUACGUGAAGCUUCCGGAAGACUACGGAUUCGGAUCGAGCACGCUGCGGAAGUGGAUCGAGGAGAACAUCGCGAGGGACGAAGAGACGAAGUUGAAGGCUGAGGAGGAGGCCGGGAGCCGAACGGCGAGCCCGAUGACGAGCCCGAUGGCGAGUCCGAGUCCCGCCGACUGA